AUUUUGACCUAUGACAGUCUGGUUGAUCGAAUAUUGACAGUUUUUGUUAUUUUGUCAUUUUUUUGUGUAUUUUUUCCAUAUGUACAAUAAUUCCCCAAGAUUUGGGCUAGAAAAGCUUUCAGCUACACCUCCGGAAGUUGGUCCCUAUACUUAUAUCCUUGAUGAUGCUUUUCCACCAAAAAGAGCCAAUGUUGUGCCGUUUGGAGCCACUUCAGAAAGGAAAAAUUCAUUCGCACACCCAAAAUAUACCGAUGCUCUUUAUGAUGGUACAUCUAAAACAAAUAUUGUGGGAGGCCAUUCCUUGAGGAACAAAGCCAAACGUUUUGUGUAUAAACCUUCAGAUGUGCCACCACCAGGGACGUACGAUCCCAAAAUUCCUGGGAAACGGAAACAACCUAGCAAUGUUCCACCACCUGGUAAAGGGAGAAUUUUUCUGUGCAAUGUACCUUACAGCUUCCUAGGUAGUUCACCCUCUAUACCAACGAAGAGAGACGCUUAUGGAUACGAAAUUGGUGAAAAUGGUAGGAUAAUCAAGAAUAAUGUUCCACCUUCGAAGAGAGGAGUUGGACCUUCGACAUAUUAUUUCAAUGUGUCCUCCUGUGUGAAGGACGAUCCCUAUAGCGGUUGUUGUUGGUCUCGUCGCACAUCCAAAAGGACAACGUAUCAAAUCAAGGAGGGACCUGGACCAGCUGCCUACGAUGUGCGGAAGGUUUCUAUGUGCCGCCGCGACGAGUUGGAGGAGGAAUACCGUGAGAUGGCGCAACGACUUACUUAUCUGCCUAGAUACAUAGAGCAGCAACAGUUUAAUGCUAAACGUCAGAAUUACCCUUCACCGGCUCACUACGAAAAAAGUUCGUGCUUUACGUACAGACCACCUGUUACAACAGUUGUAAAGCCAUUUAUUGCAAGGAAACCAAGAUUCGACGCGCCAAAGGAGCACGAAGGAGCUUUCCACGCAAUUUAUGAUACCGCGACUCCAAUGGGCUAUAAAGACUCGCCUUCAUUUAAGGAAAUUCCAUUUACAUUUACUGCUGAGAGGUUCAAGAAGAGAAAACAGGACGUCGAAGUUCCAGAACCCGACCUCUAUCUGCCUAAGGGUUUCGCAGAAAACCGAAUCGAGAAAAACUUGAAGCCCUAUAGCUUGUUCAGGCCACCGUUCGAUUCAACAGUUCCCAGAGAAAUCAACUUUGUGGCAUACGAUUCUCACCUGAGAGCUGAUUGUGCCAUGUACCCAAGAGAGACUAUACCUCCGGGAUAUAGAGUAAAAACAGGCCACAGCAUAUUUGUUUCUACAACAACUGGAAGGGAUAAUUUGAAACUGACAUGUGCUCCCCCUGUAACGAAGUAUGGUAUAUCAGAAUGUUUCAACAAAAACAAGGACAAAACUACGCACAACAAGAAGAACCUACCCUUUUUGGAGAAAGCAGAAAGGAAAACUGUCAUACUCCCUCAUAAAGAUAAUCCUGGGCCAGCUGAUUAUAUGAGCCAGAAAGUCAUUGGAGUGGAUGGUUUCUUCUUCGAUCGUACGAAGAGAUUUAAGGAUGUAAAAGUAGCAGCUCCACCACCCGAUCACUAUUAUAUACACCCCUUAUACGGCGAGAGCAUUUACGGUGCAAAGAAUACCUUCAACUUGAAGAUCGCAGAAUCCGUCCUCAAGAAGAGAUUAAGAGUGCCACCGAAGGAUACUUUCAAGGACUACAUAAAAACGUUGAAGAUGAAGAAAAAACUGCGAUGUUACGCUACAAUUCUAGACGAAUAAAAAAAAUUCUACUUAUUAGAUACU